AAAAAAAGCAUGUAUAUUAGUCUGUAAUGGAGUUUCUAUGGAGACAGAUCUUUUGGUUUUUUAUUAUUUCGGCUCUAAAUAAUGUCGCAAUCUUCGCAUACAAUGUUCCAUCGGGACUAUCACUACCAUCAUUGCGAUUUUGGAAAGAAGAAGGCAAAAAGCUAGUAUCGUCUCCGCCGUCACUAAAUGCCGUUCGUACGGACAAUCCGCUUCUGUCGCCUACAGGGGUACCGGAAUGCCAACCAGGGUUUCAAUUACAAGAUGGAAUUGGCCCAACAGUCCCGUCAACAAUAAUCCCUCCACAAAUACUCCCGCCAGUACCGCUACCUCCGCCGAUUAUAAACUGUCCUCUACUCCAAAAACCGCCCAGUCCUGUUCCUUUGGUUCAUUCAUGUCCUGCACUAGCAACUCCAUCAAGUUUACCAGGAAUACCUCCGAUACUUCCGACACCACCUAUAUUACCAGUUGGUGCACCAUCGCUGUCGGAUCUACCACACACAUAUGGUCCCCCUGUAACGCUAGAUAAUCGAAUUCAACCUUUCCAAAAAUCACAAAUAGCUUUUAAUAAUAUUCCACCAACUCCUGUCAUGCCUUAUGGUUGUUUAUCACCUUCAAUUAUGGAACGAAAUUUACCGCCGCCGAUCUUUGAAAGUGCGGCAUUAGUUCCUCCUUCACAAGCAAGGGUCAUCGAAAUUAACAGUUGUUCGUCAGUUCCUGCAUCAUCCGAGUUUUCUUCGCAAACUAUAUCUUUUGAAACUCCACAUAACUGUCCCACAUUUAUACAACCAGGAACUGCGACGAUAAUCCCAGCUGUACCGCAGUAUGCUAAUCAAAAUACAUUCGUGCCAAUUGUAUCAGAUGUAUCUGGUCAAUCAGGUUACCAAAUAACGGUUCUUCCGUCAUUAUCAUCAAUUCAAACAGCUUCAGAAUCUAUCGCGUCUCCCAUCUCUUACACAUAUACACCAAUACCAUCUGGAACGGAUAAUUCUGUGCAAUCUCCAGUAAAUGUGCAAUUAAAUUCUCCUGAGCAAUCACCUGCUAUGCCAAUGCCUAUGCCUUUUCCUCCACCUGCUCCAAUUAUAAUGAUGAAAUCAGGAUCGAGUUGGAAGAGAUGGCUACCUGCUCUCCUAGUGAGCCUGUUUACCAGACCGUGUCAGGGUGGCGGAUGUUGCAGCUGUUCUUCAUGCGAUAACCCGGAUAAUGUUUACGUUCCGUAUCCAAUACCGAUGCCAACAAACAAUCCUAUAAUAUUAAGUGGUGACCAGAACGAUGGAGAUGAUGAGGACGACUGCGAUGAAGAAAUUGAAGACUGAUAAUAUUAAAUACGUUAAUAUUUAUUUUUAAUUUUAUACGAAGAAAAUGCUGCGAAGAUAUUUUCAAUUAAGCUAUUUAUUGCACGUUUGUGAUACAAAAAUAUAUUUUAUAAAUGUGA